UAAACACGCUUGAGCACACGAGAAGAUCUAUCACAGACAGGUUCAGUCGAGUGUUCUUCUAGUAAACAAAGAACCAGAAACAAUGAGCAGCCCAGAGAGGAUUUCAUCUUAUCGCCGUCACUUUGAGGACAGCAGCAGUUCAUCCUACCAGGUCAGGGUGUCCAGUCCGUCCCCCACCAGGAGACAGGCCCGCCAUGCCUCCACUGGCUACUCCGCCAGAGCCGGAUCCAGCAGCAUGUGUGUGGAGUCAGUGGGACGGAGGGCUGUCUCGGCGUCCCGCAGGUCUCGCAUGGCAGGGAUUGGUGCAGGAGCCUUAGUCUGCGUUGGGCCUGGCGGAGAGCCUCCCAUUGACCUGGACGCAGCUUCAGCUGAGAACCAGGAAUUCCUCAACACUCGCAAAGGCGAAAGGCAGGAGAUGAUUGUCCUGAAUGACAGGCUGGCUGUUUAUAUCGAAAAGGUUAGAUCUCUUGAGCAGAAGAACAAAUUACUGGAAACAGAAAUUGAGACCUACCAGAACCGGUUUGAGAAGCCAACUGGUCUUCGUUUGCUGUAUGAGGAGCAGCUGAAGGAGCUGAAGAAGAUUGCUGACCAGAUGAAAGUUCAGCGGGACAUUUCCUUGAGUGCUAAGGAGUCCACAGCUGCUCAACUUGAGGCAAUCAAAAUCAAAUAUGAAGAGGCGAUGGAGCUGAGAAAAAAGGCCGAGUUAGACAUCGAGGUCUUCCGUCCAGAUGUGGACAAAGCUACCUCCUCCCGCAUCGCCUUGGAGAAGAGACUGGAGCAGCUGGAGGUUGAAAUAGAAUUUUUGAAACGGAUCCAUCAGCAGGAAAUUGAUGAGCUCAUGAAACAGAUCUACUCAGCUCACGUUUCAGCCGAGAGCGCGUUUGCGUUGCCUGAUCUGGCUGGAGCUUUGAAACAAAUCCAAACUCAGUACGAUGACAUUGCAGCCAAAAAUCUCCAGGAAAUGGAUUCAUGGUAUAAAAACAAGUUUGAAGAUUUGACCAAAAAGUCGUCAAGGCAUGUCGACAAAGUUCGAAGCAUCAGGGAAGAGAUGGCAGGAGCCAAAAAGGAUAUCCAAAGUAAAGAGCGUGACUUGGAUGCCACGAGGACCAGAAAUGAAGCCCUCGAAGCUCAGAUUCGUGAAAGGGACGAAAAAUACAGGAAGGAACUGGAAGACCUGCAGGCUCGAAUUGAGACCCUGCAGCUGGAGCUGAAAUCUACCAAGGAGAAAAUUGCGCUGCACCUGCGUGAGUACCAGGACCUUCUGAAUAUCAAGAUGGCUCUAGAGAUAGAGAUUACAACUUACAGAAAACUGAUAGAAGGAGAAGACCUGCGACUCUCUGGCAUGAUGAAAUCCCUGUCCCUCACCAGCUGUAGCAUGAGCGUCAUUGGUGCUGGGGUGAGCCUCGGUGGAGGAAGUGUCGAUGCUGUGGGAGGAGUGGGUGGUGGACUGAUGGGAGCUAGUAGAGGAGCUGCUGGAAGUGCAGGGAGUGAUCUAGGAAUUGGUGGGAUUGGAGGAGGAAUAGGAUCCAGUCCUGGGAUUGGGAGCCUGGAUGGUAGGAUAGGAACCGGAGGCACCAUUAAUGGGACGGUUCCUGCUGGCAUAUUAGAUGUAACACGCACUUCAGGCAGUCGAGAGUUAGGGGUUGGAGGGGUAGGUGUCAGAGCAGGCACUGAGGGCAUGGGCAUUCACACUGGUGGUGGAGGAUUGAGUAGUGUUGGUACUGCUGGUUUGGUAAGCAGCCAUGAUAGAGAAAUAGGGGCUGGUGGUAUUGGCUCUGGUGCAGGAAUUUUUAUUACUGGUCCUGAUGGUCCAGGUUCUGGGGUUGGGCGUUCUGAAGCUUUAGACACCAAAAUCAGCAUUUCUGGUCCUAGCGCUGGAGGUCUAGACUCCAGGGUUGGUGGUUCCAGUAUUAGCGCUGGAGGUCUUGACUCCAGGGCUGGAGGUUCCAGUGUUGGCUCAGGAGAAUUAAACUCUACAGUUAGAGAUUCUGGUAUUGGCGCCGGAGGUCUGGCAGAUGAAAUUUCACUGAGGACAGGUAGUGACACCCCAAGCUCAGCAGGUGGUAUGGGUGUAGCUGGAACUGGAUUUGAUCAUGGGCAUGGAGGUGUAGAGAUGGGAGAGGUUAGGGUUAGUGGGCAGACAAAUAGACAUGGAAGUAAAGUUAGAGGUCUGUGUUCUACAGAAACUGGAAGUGGAAUUGGAGGCAACGUAGGGACAGCCGAAAAGGUUGUAGAUGAUGCACGUGUUGCUCCAUCAGGCCACAGUGGAAUGAAUCAGAUUAGAGGAGGGAUGAGUGACACCAGUGGUGCCAAGACUGGAUAUGGAUCGGAUGGAUUUGAUGGCAGCACUGAGGCCUAUGCAGAACAGGCUGUGGAGCUGACGGAGAGAAGGACAGUGCUCAUUAGAACCGUGAAAACUGAGGAUGAUGUGCUGGAGAUGGACCACCUGGAGCAAACCUACACCAUUAGUGGUGCUGCUGAUGACUCUGAUAUCGACUGAGUAACUCGCAUACCCCGCUGACCCCCUCUCUUCCCUGGAUUGCAACACCCCUCCAAGCUUUGCAAUGACCAAACCCCAUGUCUGGUCACCAACCUUUGACCUUUGGCCUGGACAACAACAACAUGAGUGACCCUUUGGUAUGGACUGAAUCCUUCAAACCACUGGGUUUAAAGAUGACCGGCACUCAUCAUGCUCUCUGAACCCUUACACCCCCUCAUGUUUUCUAAUUGCCACAAAUAAAGCUAUCAGCAUUUA